CAACAACCUGCGGCUCUUCUACAAAUGCUUAAUGCUCUCGCUCAAAACCUAGCUCAAAACUAUCUUCCUGAUGCUUCUAAUGGGCACUCUGCAAUGCCAUUCAGCCUCUACCCUACUUCUGCUCCUCGACUACCAGUCAACCCUCCGGCCAUUGACUCGUCUAGUAUUCAACAGUCUAGUCUAGCAGCAUUUAACUCGCUCCAAAGUAUGGGUCAAAUAGAUCUGAAUCCGAGAUCAAGUUAUCCAGUUAUGCUUGGUAAUAGAGCAAGCAUGGGAACGAUUCAGCAAGGUGUAGGAAGCAUCGUAAACAAUCAAAUGAAUAGUGCUAGUGGUCAGUCAAGCACCAGGGACUCCAGCUGGCUGAAACUGGCAGUUUGUCCGACAUUUUUGGCCGGUAAUUGUCCACAUUCUCGAGACGAUUGUGAAGGUGCUCAUCCUGAGCCAAAUAUACGGAUGGAAAACGGCACGGUGACUGUCUGUUUCGAUCACAUGAAGAGAGGUGAAUGCAAACAUCCCAGCUGCAAAUAUUUUCACGUCUCCGACAAGCAGAAAUCCAUCGUAGAGAAACAAGGUGGCAGUCAUAGACCGAGCAGCUCGAUUUCGACAACUAUCACUCCUGGACCAUCUGCAUCUCAACCAAUAAACUUCCCCUUCGGGACCACAUCCACUUCUUUUGCCCAUCCCAAAAUUACUACAGAGGCACUUUUAGCUGCGUUGAAAAGUGGAGGACAGUCUCCAUUCCCUCAAAUGCCAACAUUGAAUCAGCCCCCCCUUGUGCCCUAUUUACAAAACUUUGCUAUGGGACAAAACUUUCAGGGGAACACUCCAAUAGCGUAUGCACCAGGCUUACCACUGAGUGACCCUUCGUUUCUUUCUUUGGCUACUCAUCAGACAAAAUGUUUCCCUGAAUUUUCAAUUGAAAGUGCUCUAAACCCUGCUCUUGGAACUAAGCGUCCUGCUGAUAACAAUGGUUCUGAUUUAUUGACACCAUCAUUAAAACGGCAAUGUCUGGAAUCAGCCCCACCUGCAAUGCCAAACCAAUAUUUGAGUGGAGACGCCCCCACAAGUGCACUUUAUUCUACACAGCCACCCGGCGGAAACUAUAGCUCAAACAGUGCCAGUUGUUCCACUGCAUAUCCUCCUUCCACAACCAAUUCGGGCAGAUGUUCGCGGGCUGCCAACUGUAAUUACUUGCAUGUCGAAAAUGUGAAGAACUUUGAUGUUGUAAACAACAAAGUGCAAAUCUGUCCUGAUAUUAUUUCAAGUCAAUGCAAUCACGACAAGUGUCGGCGCUAUCAUAUUCCAUUGGAGAUUUGGGCUAAAUAUGUGACUGUUCGUGGAUGCGAUAACAACGAGCAGCCCUCCGAAAAAAUGCCUGAAAAUGCUGCUGCCGAUUUAUCUUCCACUAUUAAUAGAAUUAUUCCUACCUCCAGUUCUGCUAAGUUUGAUGGUGAAUUUCAGUCGCUUGGUAAGGAGGGUGCGCCUCAAUCUCCACAGUCAUCUGACCAUCAACCUCUAUGA